AUGGAGCCGUUUCGAGUGCGCCUCAACUGCAUCGAUCACUACCAAGCAUCCGCGUCGGCAUUGGACCCUCCACUGCCUCGCUGUGAUGGAGCGCCUGAGAAUACUUUCAGGCCCAAGGUGCCGGUGAUUCGAAUAUUUGGGUCGACCGAAACCGGACAGAGAGUCUGCGUGCAUGUCCAUGGCGCAUUUCCUUAUCUCUAUAUCCAAUACGACGGUCCCUUGACACCGGAAGAAGUGAACUCAGCCAGUCGGACCCUGCACCUCUCUAUUGACCAUGCGCUGGCGAUCAGCUAUCGGCGCAAUGCGUACGAUAGGAAGACCGCCUUUGUCGCGCACAUCACCUUGGUCAAAGGCAUUCCCUUCUAUGGAUACCACGUGGGGUAUCGGUUCUUCUUCAAGAUCUAUCUCCUCAAUCCCUAUUAUAUCACUCGCCUGGCCGACCUUUUACAUCAAGGAGCCGUGAUGAAGCGUCCAUUACAGCCUUAUGAGAGCCAUCUGCAGUACGUUCCCCAAUGGAUGUGCGACUACAACUUGUACGGCUGUGCAUACAUGAACUGCAGCAAAGUCACCUUUCGUGCUCCUGUACCAGAGUAUCUCGAGCUCAGUAACCUGAGUCACCGUUGGCAUGACCGGUUAAUUGCUCCUGAAAGCAUUUCGGAUGACCCGGCCCUUCAAAAACAGAGUCAUUGUUCACUGGAGGUGGAUGUCUGCGUACAGGAUAUUUUGAAUCGCUCAGAUAUCAAGGAGCGGCCCUUGCACCAUGACUUUUCGGAGUUUUUACGGCCGGUUGCCUUCAACGAGCGGCUCGUGCCUAGCAUGGAGGGCCUGUGGCAAGACGAAACCCGACGACGCAAGAAACGGAUGGGAAUCAGUGAUCCCGGAAGCAGUCCAUUUGGCCCUGACGAGCUGGUUUCAAUGUCUGCCGGCCCAAGAAACCAAUCGGCUGGGGGCUGGGUCCACGAAGAAGAAUAUCGUGAGAUGGCCUUUGAAAUUGCUGCCAAGGAAAAGGAAGAAAGUGACGCGAAAGAGUCAACAUUUGAAAACUUCCUUGAGCCAAAUGAACUCGUGGGCAAUGUGAAGACAGCUCUGGACAGUGUCGAGGAUUUCUAUCCUAAUAAUUUGGAUCUCAGUACCCACCAACAACAGGCUCCCGGCGAGCAAGCCGUGCCUGAAGUGUCGGUUGAUGAACGCGUGGCCCUGUCUUCUCAAACCCGGGAAGACCCUUACUAUUCUGAUUCCGGUGACUUCGACGACUCCUUCAUGGAGGCUGCUGAAGAGGAACCCCGAGAUGGCGCGGCAAAUCCUCUGCAGGAGAGCUUUGAUGAUGGGAUAUUUGAUGAUCUGUUUCAACUGGAUGCUGCAACACCCAACAAGGAUGUACAAACAAAGUCGACAACUGAAUCAUCAAGUACUAUUGAUCCCGACCAGGUGCAUGUCCUGUCAAGGGCCAGGAGCAUUCCCACUAAACGGCCACACUUUAAACUCACCGAUCACGACCAGCGUUCAAGCAAAAAGUCAAAGUCUUCCAAUGAGUCUGCACCUCCUGCUGCCCAAAGGGACUUGGUAGAUUCGGCCAAGCGGGGCGAGGAUACAAGGACUCGCGAAGCUUCCUUCAAUGCUGAUUUCAUGCCACUGUCCUCGACAUCAACGCCUUCCUCCUCUCAGAAGACAAUUCGCCCAAAGAAACACCCGUCAAACAGCAGACUAAACUAUCCAGUUGUCAAGGACCCCAAUGAUCCCCUCACAAUUCUACGAUUUAGUCAAGAUGAUGGCCAUUCGUCCAAGGACUCGCAGCCAUUUCAAACUGCGUUUCCGCCUGGUCCCACUACGAGCGCAUCAGGAAAUACUGGCGAAUCAGGAAGCACCUCGCAGCAACAAUCUUCGUCAACGGUGACGGGGACAUCCUCUCUAGAUCCGCAUGUGGCGGGAGUAAUUGGAAAGCUCCAUGACAGCUUUGGAAUACCGCCUGACUCGUCCUUGUAUUGCUUUCGACUCGUCAGUCCUGGAUUCACUGAGGUUGUGUCCACUAUGAAUGACUAUGGCCGGCCAUCUGUUGUCUAUCAGAAAGCCCAUUACAGUGAACCGAUUGACGUGCCCGAACGACCACGCGAGUAUGGUGGCCGAGAGUUCCGCCUAGAAAGCAACACGAUUCAUUAUCUACCGGAAUUUGAACCAUCAGGGGAAAUGCCUGGAGUCUUUGGUGAACAGCCUUCGAUUCUCUACGACCGGGACCAGCAGGAGAAAGACGACCAACGACUACGAGAGUCGUGUGCUGCCAGGGUGUGGGAGUUUGCAGCAGUUCCACCCAGUCGAUCAGAAGUGAUUGAGUGGUUUGAGAAUGGCCAAGCCUCCAAGCAAAACAAGCAAACCACGAAAAGUCCAUCCAAGCCAGAAAUGAAGCCCAAUGUUCUUUCCCAGAUUGAGGGCCCAACACAGAACAAUGCUUAUGGAUUUAAAUACUCCCAGAAGAGAAAGUCUACUAGCGUGGAGCACCAAACCCAAUAUAUGAGCACGAUGAGCUUAGAGGUGCAUGUGAAUACUCGCGGGUCUCUUUCAGCCAACCCGGAGGAAGAUGAGAUCACCUGUGUUUUCUGGGGUAUCCAGUCCGAUGAUGAGGAUCUUGAAGUCAACAGCCAUCUUCCUGGUGUUCAUGUCGGCAUGAUCUAUCAGGGUGAAGGUGAACGCCCCGAAGCCAAGAUCUCAAAAUCCUUGACAAUUGAAGUUGACCAUGAGACAUCGGAAUUGGAUUUGAUUAAUCGUGUGGUUGAUAUUGUCCGCCAUCACGACCCCGAUAUAAUCACUGGUUAUGAGGUCCACAAUGGGUCCUGGGGAUACCUGAUCGAGCGAGCUAGGAGGAAAUAUGAUUUCGAUCUAUGCCAUGAACUGUCGAGAGUGAAAUUUGACUCGCGCGGAAAGUUCGGCAAGGAGUCUGACCGAUGGGGCUUUGAGCACACCUCGUCAGUUCAAGUAACUGGUCGACACAUGGUGAACAUCUGGCGUGCCAUGAGAGGCGAACUGAAUCUUUUACAGUACACGAUGGAGAACGUGGUUUUUCAUCUCCUGCAUCGCCGAAUCCCUCACUAUUCACCCCAAGUCCUCACACAGUGGCACCAGAGCGGCAAGCCUCGGCACCUGGUCAAGGUCGUAGAUCACUACAUCUCUCGCGUGCAAAUGAACCUGGAGAUAAUAGAAGCAAAUGAACUGAUCCCACGGACGAGCGAGCAAGCGAGGCUGCUCGGGAUUGACUUCUACUCAGUCACCUCUCGCGGCUCCCAAUUCAAAGUCGAAUCACUGAUGUUCCGAAUCGCCAAACCCGAGAAUUUCAUUCUCGUGUCUCCCAGCAGGAAGCAGGUCGGGCAGCAGAACGCUCUCGAGUGCCUGCCCUUGGUCAUGGAGCCGCAAAGCGACUUCUACACAAGCCCACUUCUUGUCCUUGAUUUCCAAUCCCUUUAUCCUAGUGUGAUGAUCGCAUACAACUACUGCUACUCGACGUUCCUGGGCAGGGCCCUUCAUUGGCGCGGCCAAGACAAGAUGGGGUUCAUGGGUUACAGACGCCAACCGCAGAUGUUGGAUUUAUUGAAAGAUGAGAUCAAUAUCGCACCGAACGGCAUGAUGUAUGCGAAACGAGAGGUUCGCCAGUCGCUCCUUGCCAAGAUGCUCACAGAGAUCCUGGAGACUCGGGUCAUGGUCAAGAAUGGCAUGAAAGUCGAUAAAGACGACAGGGUCUUGCAGCGACUCUUGAAUAACCGACAGCUCGCCCUCAAACUGAUUGCGAACGUCACGUACGGAUACACAUCGGCCUCUUUUUCUGGACGCAUGCCCUGCUCCGAGAUCGCAGACAGCAUUGUUCAGUCCGGGCGAGAGACCCUCGAGAAAGCCAUUGCAUUCAUUCACUCUGUCGAACGGUGGGGCGCCGAGGUAGUCUACGGAGACACAGACAGUCUGUUUGUCUACCUCAAGGGCCGCACGCGGGACCAAGCCUUUGAUAUCGGCGAGGAGAUCGCCAAGGCAGUCACAGAAAUAAACCCACGGCCUGUGAAACUCAAGUUCGAAAAGGUAUACCACCCGUGCGUGCUACUGGCCAAGAAACGCUACGUCGGCUUCAAAUACGAGCACCGAACCCAGGCAGAACCCGAGUUCGACGCCAAGGGCAUCGAAACUGUCCGCCGCGACGGCACUCCCGCCGAGCAGAAGAUCGAAGAGAAAGCACUGAAACUCCUCUUCCGCACCGCGGAUCUUAGCCAAGUCAAGACCUACUUCCAGCGCCAGUGCGCAAAGAUCAUGCAGGGCCGGGUCUCGAUCCAGGACUUCUGUUUCGCGCGCGAGGUGCGUCUCGGCACUUACAGCGAGAAGGGCACCUUGCCCGCCGGUGCGCUGAUUAGCACGCGCAAAAUGCUCGACGACCCCCGUCUGGAGCCGCAGUAUGGCGAGCGCGUGCCCUACGUGGUCGUGACCGGCGCUCCCGGGUCCCGACUCAUCGACCGCUGCGUUGCACCCGAGGAACUUCUGCACGACGUACAGCUCGAUCUCGACGCCGAAUACUAUAUCACCAAGAACAUCGUCCCGCCUCUCGAGCGGAUCUUCAAUCUCGUCGGCGCAAACGUUCGUCAGUGGUACGACGAAAUGCCCAAGGUGCAGCGUAUUCGUCGCAUUGACAAUUCUGCUUCUCGCCCCGGAAAUCCAAAAGGCAAAGAUGUUGGCUUCUCCAAAAAGACCCUCGAAUCCUACAUGCGCUCCUCCUCUUGCAUUGUCUGCCGAGCCAGACUAUUAGACUCCUCCAUCCCUGUCUGUGGAGCCUGUCUCCAGCAGCCGCACAUAGCGCUCCUGGAUCUAACGCAGCGUCUACGGCGUGCUGAGAAGCGAGCUGUUGAUCUCGAGACGGUGUGUCGGGCAUGCAUGGGUGUUUCGGCUGGCGAUGAGGUCAGUUGUGAUAGUAUGGACUGUCCUGUUUACUAUUCGCGCACGAGAGACGUGGCGUCGUGGAGGCAUUCACGGGCGGUGCUUCAGCCUGUCGUGGAGAUGUUGGAGAAGAAGGGAGAUGAGGAGCUUGAUUGGUGA